ACCGACGUGCAUAUUCAUUUAAAUCUACAGUAUUACCAGUUACGAGGAUCUUAAUAAAUAAUUUAAAAUAAUUAUUUAAAAUAUUGCAAGAUCCAGAGAUAGAUGCAAGACUAGUACAUGGGAGACUGGAGAUCCAGAGGCCCGAGGUAUCCUAGCGUGAUGGCAAAUGAGAAGGACCUUGACCUGGGAUCUAGAUUAAUCUCAAAUAAAAAUAUAAGUAAAUGCCGGAGUUUAUCAUCAUGUUUUAAUUAAAUUACUCUUAAUGUAUUCACUAUUGAGCAACGUAACGAUUUUCGUUUUUAUGCAGCUUUAUUUAGCCCAAGUCGGAGAACAAGCUCUGCUUGUUUAUUUGUUAUUUCAAAUUAAUGACUUGCGUGGCUUGAUAAAAGGUCCUGUCAGUCGGUAUGUACAAAUACAAUUGAUCUGAUUGUAACACAAAACCCGGGCAUUAAUUUCAAAUGAAUUAUGACAGGAUGACUAUAGGCCAGACAAGACUUCCGCGGUUCGCUAAAGGAUCUUUGUUACUUUUAUCAGAACCUAUAUGUUGGCUGCUAUAUACGUACAGUUGCCUUAGCUCUUGUGUAUAUGUAGGCCCGGUUGCAAUUCCCAUAUAUACUUGAACUGCCAAUUGAGAUAGAUGUGGUUUGUUUUAUUAAAACUCGACCUCGCCUCAAAUCUCCUCUCUCUUUUAACAAUCUCGAAAUCUUUUCCGGUUAAUUAACAAAAACUUCCACACUCUUUAAUUAUUACUCAUUAAUUAUUGCUAAUUAUUUUGUUUUAUUGACUAAAAUCCUCAGAUUUAAUCCAGCGAUAAUUUAAAUUAUUUGAAUAAUCACCAGAGUCGUAUGGAAAAUAACAAAUUUCGUUUUCAGUUUUACGUCCGAUCCGUGAAUUAAAAACAUUUAAUUAGCUCUCUUAUCAGCCACGCCAGUUUAUUGGGAAAUCUGAAUAAAUAAUGAGUGUAAAAAAAAUCUAGCGUAGAGUAAAUGUAAAAAGUAAUAAUAAAAAUGGCGUUUUAUUUCGUCAAGUCCCUUGACUUGAAAAAUAGUUGAGUUAUAGUAAGAUUGUAUUGUAGUAUAUCCGGUAUGGUUCGCUGUAGCAAAACGGACGUUUCAGCCUCGUAUUUAUAUACAUGCCCCGCUGUACAAAACCACACUAAUACUUAAUGUUAAGUAAAGCCAAGCGGUGGGAGAUACGAAGGUAUAUAAAACCGGCUGAAGAUCGGUAAGAGUCAGUCCAACGACCAGACGCUCUAGUCGCGUGCGCGUGUGUGCGAGAGAGUGAGGAGACUCUUGAUAAUCGGCAUCGAGAUCUAGGAUCGAGAUUCGAUAAUUUUAAAUUGACAAUCUACAUCCGCGAGAAAACUACACACAGUAUAAUAUUAGUCGCGAGGUGAUUCUGUGCACGAUUUUCCAAUACAAGUUUCAUAAUCAUAACUACCACAAAUGUUCAUAGUUCAUGUCCACAUUACGGUCUCUGACUGCGCGAAAGUUUUUAUGUAAUAAUUCAAGUUUUAGCAAAUUACCAAUUUAACAUUGGGUUUUUUUUUCUUUUUUUUUAUUUUAUUUUGUUCGGGAAAAAAAUUUUAAAUAAUUUUAUUUGAACUUGGUGGAUAGUCAGCGCACAGAGCACAUUACUGUGUGUGUUUUUGAAUAUUGUCAAGACCGUAGACCAAAGUAAAGUGGUCGGGAGUGUAGACAAGCCGCGAUAAAUAAUUAGGAUAAUUAUUUAAAUUUUUAAAAAAAUUACUUUCUGCGGCUGUUUUUAUUACCGGCAAAGUUUAAAAAGGAAAUAUUAAUUUUUGCCACGAGGAAACGACCUUUUGUAAUAAUAAUAAUAAAUAAUAAGACAGUUAUUAUUAUUAUUGUUGUUAUUAUUACUGAAGAUUUGUGAUUGAAUCAUGUUGACGACGAGCGAAACGCAACCGACGACGCUUGUGGCAAUGACCGAUCCAAACUAUAAAAAUUGGCACAUCCCAAGACCUUCUUUGGUUAUCGGUAGAGUUGGUGAUAAAGAGAGUAGCGACGAGUAUUCUGUCCAUAAUUGGGUCCAGCAUCAUCAUUACAACAACCUCAACUCAAAUUCUGGCAACAAUACACCUGCUAAAAAUUCAUCUUCAUCACAAAAGUCAACAGUCAGUGCACACAGUAUAGCAUCGUCAGGCACUUUGCUAUUAACAGCAGCAAAUUUAGCAGCCAUACAUCCGCCAACGAUUGUACCACAAAAAUCAUUGGAUACCGUAUCAGUAGCAAGUAGUACGCACUUUACAGUCGUCAAUGGACUAGGCAGAUCCGCGGUUAUGUACAAAAAGUCAUGGUGUGCAAGACAUCAACUGACGGUGCUUGUUUGUACGAUGAGUUUUCUUUUUAUGGUUGGUCUAUUAGCCGGAGUACUUUACAUGGAGAUGAGAGUUCGUGAUAAGUAUGAUUGAAUAAAUUAUUUAAAUACCACUGGGAGAGAGAGACAGACGAUGUUCACUUUAAAUUACGGCGACAGGGUACUCGUCGAUGCCAGUUAACCGACGAAUUAAGUUUAUUAUAUUUUUUUAUUUUAAAUCUCCCUCCAAUGCAUCAUUUCUUGGAGGAAAAUAUGUAUUACAUUGAGUGGAAGUGUUGUGUAUUUUAUAAAUAAAUUGAGCGGCCAUUAAACUGUUUGUUUGUUAGUUUGAAUACGCACACUUAGCUGUCAAAUAAAUAAAUUACUGUAUAAUCCCGCACGUGUGAUUUACAGUUUAUUUAAAAAAAAAAAAAAAAAAAAAAAAAAAAUCACUAAUUAUAUGUAAAUUUAUAAAUUGUCGCCUAUGAAGCUCUUUGUAUCUGUGAUACUAUUUAUCUUGUAUUAGUGCGUAAAAGUUAAAAAAAGAAAAAGUAAUUUUCUAUUUGAGUUAAAUUUAUAAAUAAACAAUAAUUUAUAAAAUAAUAAAGUGUAUGAAUAAAAUGA